GAAGUACUCGGCCUCGUCCUCAGCGCGUCCGUUAACUAACAGUAACAGACAUCCCCCGAAAUCCCAACCGACCCGGCGGCGGCGGGGCGGCGGCCGGGAGUAAUGGAGUUGGGCGACGCGUGGAUGGCCCCCGACAAGCUGCAGCACGCCCUAGCCUGCCUCCUCAUCUCCCUGCUCGCCGCCGCGCUGGCCGCCCGCAGCUCCCGCCCCGGGCUCCGCCGCCGCGCCGCGGCCGUCGGGUCCGCGGCCUCGCUCGCGGCCGGCGCCGUCAAGGAGGCCUUGGACGGCCGGCUCUUCGGAUCCGCCGGCGCCUCGCCCAAGGAUGCUGCGGCGGACCUCGUGGGCAUCGCGGCCGCCGCGCUCGUCCUCGCACUGGUCCGCCGCAGGCGCCGCGAGAGGAAGGCGCGCGAGGACAGCGACGCCCGGGUCCCGGACGGCGUUUCCAUGGUGUGACGGCCGGCUCCGAUCUAUUCGGUUCCGUUUGCUGUACGCCAGCAGAGUCUACUGAUCUCUAACCUCAAGAUCGAUGUAACGACAAUUCGAACAAUGGGAAAAGUUGUUUCUUUUGCUUGAUUU